AUGUCGCAUAGCAAAAUAUCAGAGGGUGAGGCGGACCUAUACUUGGACCAGUACAACUUCACGACGACCGCCGCUAUUGUGGGGUCAGUGGAUCGCAAGAUUUUUGUACUGCUACGGGACGGGCGCAUGCUUUUUGGAGUUCUGCGUACGUUCGACCAGUAUGCCAACUUGAUUCUGCAGCAUUGUGUGGAGAGAAUAUAUAUUCCGGAGGAGGGCCAGUACGGCGAGUGCGAGCGCGGAGUAUUCAUGGUGCGCGGAGAGAACGUAGUGAUGCUGGGGGAGGUAGACAUUGACAAGGAGGACAAACCACUGGAACAGCUGGAGCGGGUUCCGUUUGAAGAGGCGGCACGGUACCGCGACGGGCAGAACGAGACCAAAUUCAAGGUGGAGACGCAGAAGAGCAAAGAACUGGCGCGCUACGGUUUGAUUCAUGAUUUCAACAAAUCUGAUAUGUACUAG